AUGGAAGAAGAAAAACGGAACUGUGAAGAUAUGAAAAAAGAAUUCCCCAAAAAAAGCAACCCUGAAAAAUUGAGGAAAGCAAAAAAGGAAAACACAGGAGAAAACAAAAAGGAAGAGAAGCAAAAAAACAAAGGGGAAAACAAAAAGGGGAAAAACGAAGAAAACCAAAAGGGGAAGAACGAAGAAAACCAAAAGGGGAAGAACGAAGAAAACAAAAAGGGGAAAAACGAAGAAAACCAAAAGGGGAAGAACGAAGAAAACCAAAAGGGGAAGAACGAAGAAAACCAAAAGGGGAAGAACGAAGAAAACAAACAUGGAAAAAACGAAGAAAACAAACAUGGAAAAAAUGAAGAAAACAAAAAUGGAAAGAAAGAAGAAAACAAAAAUGGAAAGAGACAGGAAAACAAAAAGGAAAAUAAAAAAUCUAAGAUUUGUAAAUCCAUUACCUGUAAACGAAGCCAAAGUGAUGAGAAGAAGGCUCAGGGAAAAGACAAAUAUGUUAUGGAUACGCAAUUAAGUCAGUUUAAAUUAAAAAAGACGAAAAGUGCAGAACGAACAGAGGAUAGAAUAAAUGGUAUUCACCCAAAAAGUGAUCCACAAAAUAUGAGUAAGGAUAUGUCAAGUUUUAAAAAGGAGGUUCUGGAUUCUGGGUAUACCUUGGUGGAGAAUGGAUCAGGAAUGAUUUCAGAGGAAAAAUACAAAACGGGUGAAUGCAAAAGUGGUAGAAGUGCAAAUGAGAGGAGUAGCGGUAGCAAUGACAGUUCAAGAGGGAGAAGUAUCGAGUGCAGCAAGGGGGAAGUUGAACAGCACAAUGUUGAUAUAGGAAAAUGUGAAAGGAGCAACACUGACAUAGGAAAAUGUGAAAAGAGUAACAUUUACACAAGGGCGUGUGAAAGCAGCAACAUUUACACAAGGGCUUGUGGAAAGAGUAACAUUAACACAAAGGCAUGUGAAGGGAGCAACAUUUACACACGAUCAUAUGAAAGAAGCAACAUUUACACACGAUCAUAUGAAAGAAGCAACAUUUACACAAAUGCGUGUGAAAACAGCAAAAAUGGCAAGCAUAAAACUGCAUCCCCUAUGUUUGGGUUGCUAGACAAAUCAAUCAACAAUUUGGAUGUAGAAAGUGAUGAUACAUUCAGCGUUUCGCUAGCUUCAGGCACGUCAGGAAAUUCAAGCAUAUAUGGAGAAAGAGAUGAUUUAAUUCAAAUAUGUAUUGAACAAGUAAAACUAGACAAUCAUGAAACUAGUUGUGCAGAUUACAAAUACGCAUUCUGUGUAUCAUAUUUUAUAUAUGAAGAUCCGUUAGAAAUUUUCAGCUUAUAUCAAGGAAUAAAUUGGCUUCCUGAAUUGAAAAAUAGAUGCACUUCCCUAAGCAAAAUCGAAUUUAAGCUAAAAAGAAACAUUAAAAAAAGUAAUUCGUCUGCAUAUGUAAAUAUUAAUCAAUGCAUAAAUUUAAAAAGUAGACAAAAUGAAUUUCUAAACAUUUUAGAUGAUACUAUAGUGUACAUUUUUAUUUCCAUAUUUGGAGUAAAUUUAAAAGAAUUCGAGAUUUUCUACCAAAAUAAAUAUGGUAAAAAGAGCGUAAAAAAAGUAGACAGUGUUCUGUCUAAGAUUGUCACUCCUGAGUGUACAGAAUUGAAUUCUUUUUUUCGCCCCUCUGAUGAAAACAUAAAUUUGGGAGAAGUAAAACAUAAUACAUAUGAAUCACGUCCAACAGAAAUGAAUGAAAAAUUAUUUUGCAAAAAGAUUGUUGAAGAAGAAAUUUUGUCACAGGGAGAAAAGAAAAUUGUUGCAGAAAAGGACUACAAAAAAUUUCUAAAAGUUUUGGGAUCUUCCAUUAUUCCUAUAAAUGCAGAAAAGAAAGAAAAAGACGUAAGGAAAAAACAAGUGAAAUCUUAUGCAUACUCAAAUAGAUGUACAGGCGACAGAUAUAAUAUAUACCCGCAUGACGUAAUUCGAAGCAUCUUGUACAAUUAUUUAGAUUUUUUCAAGAAAAAUAAAAAGGUUAAUAUAUUUCAUCUCAUUAAUAAGUAUGAACAUGAGCUAGUACCAAUAGGAAGAAUGAAUCUUCAACACAGCGUGAAAAGAGAAAUAAAAUUUUCCGAUUUGCUUAACGAAGAGUACAUAGUUAACACACUAAUGAGUAACAAAAGUUAUGCACGUAGAAUCAUGAAGAAGAUAUUAAAAUAUGUAAAAAUAUAUAAAAUAAAUAAUGGACAAGAAAAUUGUAGUAUUGUGAACAAAAUAAAUAAUAUGUUUUCAUACAUAGAUGUAGAAUUAAAUAAAGGAGAUCCGAAUCAUUUGAAUCGAUCCUUUUCGUAUUUCGAAAAUAAUAUACACAAAUUGGAUAAUACAAAAGAAAAGGAAGCCUUAAAAAAAAAAUUCAUAAAAAAAUUACUUAAAAUGUUAGGAUUAUUAAAGAUAAAAUAUCCAAUUAAUUUCUAUUCACAUGGUUGUCCAAAUAGAGAAAUUCCAUGUUCUCAUCUAAUAGUACAUGUACAUUCUGUCUCUAAUAUGACACUGAAAUUAUGUUCCCUAAAGAAUUUUUUAAAUGCCAAUUUUUUUUAUCUAGUCAUAUUCUGGCAGGAUGAGGCAAAGGAUAUACACAACAUUCAAAAUAUGAAAUGUCGAAAAAGCAGAACUAUAAAAUUGACACCACAAAAUGGGAUAGAGGUUGAUUAUUAUUUCACAACACAAUCUAAUCAUACGGAUAACAAAAUAGUAGAGAAAGAAAAACAGGAUAUUGUAUCGUUAAAAUUAAAUUUUAACAGUGCAGUUAUAUUGCCAUAUAACUUAAAUGUGUCUUCGUCUGCUUUAAAUUUAAUCCUUUUUCAUAAUGACACUCCUCUGCUGGAGUGCAACAAUAAUCCAGCACACGAUGAGGGAACAAGAAGCACUCUAAACAUAAACAAAAGUAACUAUGAUUCUGAUAAAGGUGAUCGGAUAGGAGAUAGAAACAGUAAUGGAAGCACUGAUGGAAGCAGCGAAUUUAGCCACAACAAUGAUAUAAAUGAUGAUACACCAUUUAACGAAGGUGGUAAAAUAAAGAGGAUUCUUAGAAUUCAUCCUUAUUAUUUAAAGACGAAGGGAAAAGACUUAUUCACAGAUAAAUUUCAACCUGUUGUUGAAUUUUCAUGUUACAAACAUCCAAAAUAUAGCACAUUUUUCCAUCCAUCAAAGUAUAAACUUAUUUACAUGAAUAAGAUAAAAAGUAACAUUGAUGAUGAUAAUUUUCAUUCGUCUUAUUCAGCUCCGAAUUUUGGUAGAGACCAAAUUGUUUUUCAGUUUUUUGACGAUUUCACAAAUGAUUUGCAUUUUUCAAAUGGCAAUGUAAGAAAUGAAAACGUGAUUCCUAAUUUCAGGAGCCACUUUUUCGUUCCUAUUAUGAAGAUUAAUGACAGGGAUGAAUCGACAUUUUCCCACGACUUAGUGCAGAAUCGUCUCAACAGUUUGAACUCCGAACGGGGUGACAUUGUAUCUGUGGAAUGUAACAGAAACAGGUGUAGAAGUAGAAGCAGAAAUAUUCAGGUGCAAUGGAAUCGACAGGAUGAGGUUGUCCACUUUGCUGUUGCAGAGGGAAAGGGACUCAAGGGAGGAGAACUAAACAAAUGGCUCUCUUUCUAUGUACAUACAAAAAAUUAUAAAAGCAAUAAUACAUAUGGCGGAAAAUAUGUUGAUAUAAGAUUACAAAUUGAACCUUUGGAUUGUUUAAAAUUACAUUAUGAUGUAGAUCCUUUUAAAGAUGAAAAGGUAAGUAAAAAUAGUGUAAUUCCUUAUGGAGAUAAUAGAAUGUUAAACAGUAUUAAUCAGCUCUGCUUUAAGUCAUUUAAUGAUAUACAUGAAAUGAUUGAUUACAAGGUGGAGGAUUUAAAAAACGGCACAUAUCAUAUUAUAUACAAAGUAUCGAAGGUAGGGACGAAACUUCUACACAUAUAUUGUGAUGGAAUCAAUGUUAUUGGUUCUCCUUAUGAAGUAACUAUCACACAUGCAAGUGCAGAUCCAAAAUCAUCGAAGAUUUUUGGAAAAGGUGCUACACAAUGCUUGGCAACACCAGUUCUUAAUCUACAUAAUGAACCAUCGGAGGGAAGCAGAAAAGUUGGAAUCGAGGGAAAUGUUCAUCAACAUGUUCAUAUAGAUGAAGACAUACUUGUUAAUUCUCAUGAUAAGACAGGUUUGGUGACAGAUGUGCACAUAUGUGGAGAUAACUGGGAAGAACCAAUAGUUCAUAGUGGACCUUCUUUACUUCCAAGAAGGACACUGCAGGAAUUGAAAAAAUUGGGGGAGGAUAAGGAAAUGGAUAUGUUGGAGACUGAGCAGAAAGAGAUCGAUUGGGAGGAAGAAAAGCAAAAGAAGGAGAAUCCACCUGGAGAUAGAUGCAAGGAGAAGGAACCAUCUGGAGAUAAAUUCGCAGAAUCAUCUCUGAAUGGGGGAGGAAAGGAACUCCACAUCAUCUCCAUAAAGAAAAGAGAAGGAAACACAGAAAAUAAUAUAAACAAAGGCACAAAAUUGAUAGAACAGUGUUUGGGUACAGCACUUAAGGAUCAAUGUGAAAAUAAAAGGACGGCAUAUAGUGAGAAAAAAAACUUUGUUUUUUCAAAUCCACAAUAUUAUGAUGAAAUAAAUGGAUGGAGUAUAAAUAAAAUUGACAAAAUGAAUAGAAAAAGGUGUGAAGAGUUCAUAAAGGGAUUACACAUUGUAAACAAUUUUACAGUGGUGUUAUAUGACAAGAAUGGUGAAAAGAUAAGCAUUGGAAAUGAUAAUGUAAAAGUGAUAGGGAAAAAGGGAACCCAUAUUAAAAAUGUUAUUGAUAAUAAUGAUGGUAGUUAUAAUAUAGAAUACAUAAACUAUUUUAUAAAUGAAGAAAAAACGAGAAAAAUUGUGAAAGACAUAAAAAUAGCAGAUAUAACUAAUUUUUACAAAGAAUUUUUAUUACAUUCUAGUCAUAAAUUUUAUGAUAAUCAUAUCAUUAAAGAAUUUCAAAAGAGAUUUCAUAAGGAUAUACCAAUAUGUAGCCAAAUACAUAUAUACAUAAAUGAGGUAGAAAUGUUUGGUUCUCCAAUAAAACCCAUAAUUAUGAAUAUCCCUCAUAUUCUUCAUUUUUAUGAUUUAUAUUUUCAAUUUACCUAUUCAGGGUUGCUACUAAAAAAUUUUGAAUUUUUAUUAAGUUCAAAUAAUUAUCAAUUGUGCAUGGAUAAUCUCUACGAAUUUUACAACAAUUUUUUGGACGACAAACAAAGGUCGUGCUCAUCUCCAAAUUUCAUGAAAAAGUCCACAAGCAUUAUUCCAUUUCCUGCAACAAAUGGAUUACAUAACAAUUUAGGAGCUAAAAAUUUUUUCUUUAAAAUACCACUAAACAUAAUUGAUUUAAGAAAUGGUUCUUUUAUUGAUAAUAGGGAGAGAGUACAUUAUGAACCCCAAUGGAUAGAUAGUUAUGCAAAGCAACACACAGUUCUUGACAAUUCAAGUGAACGAAGCAAUCACAAAAUAGUUAAAGAAAUGGAUUCAAUCAGGUAUAUACCUACAAGAGGCGUUAUGAAACAAGGGGGAGAUCAAAUAAUAUGGAGAAAAGAACUAAACUGUAACAAAGGGCGAAAUGUAUCGAACAUAGACUUUAACAAAUUGACAGAAUAUCCAAAAGAUGAUAGUUCAUCGCAGGGAGAAAUAAUCUCAGAAAUAAACGAAUCAGCAUUUGUAAACAAAUGGUUAUACAUGUUUUUGUACAAAUCUAAAUUAUGCAAAUCAAACAAGAAAUAUGACUUGAGCUUGAAUUUGGCAUACUCUUUGAGUAACAUAGUCUUACAACACUUAAUUUAUUUAAAGAAAUAUAAACUUUUUAUUAAUUCGAAACAGUAUGAAAAUAGCUUAUUGGAAAAUAACAUUCUGAUGCAAUUCAGAAAAUUAUUAGAAGAAGAAUAUAACAAAAUGUUUGCUUAUCAAACAAAUAAUAUUAUAAAUUACUGCAACAAAAUUGGGAAUGUCAAAUUUAGUGGUUUAGAAGAAUUAAUAAAAGUGUACAAAGGCAUCGCAUUCGAAUUGAGAAAAUUAAAAAAAAAUGAUUUAGCUGACGAUUUUGAUAAAUGUUGUGAAAAUAUGUGCCAAGAGUUAUAUCUACACAAUAUAGAAUCAAGUCUAAGUAGAAAGGAAGUUAUGUUAGAUAAGUAUGAAAACAUUAUUGACCAAAAAAUUGAAAAAAUGGAUGAAAUCAAAGAGGAAAUAAAAAAGUAUGAACAAAAACAAGUAGAUAUAGACAAAGUAACCAAAUUGUGUACAGUAAAACAUAAUAAAUCAAUCCAAACAUUUGAUUAUUUGUCGUAUAAAAAUAGUUUCCUUGGCUCUCUCAUAGAAUCAAGAAAGGAAAAAACUGCAGAAGAAAAGGAAGAAAUAAAAAUAGGAGAUAUGACAGAAGACCAGACAAAUAUCGGAGAGGAAACAAAAAUCUUUAACAUGGUUAGGAAAUAUUGGAGGAAUUCAUCCACUUAUGACAUCUUUACAACCAUAAAAAAAACACUAAAAAGUUGCCCAAGAUUAAAAAUUUCACUUGAUGAAAUUUUCAAUUACUACAGUUGUAGUGUGAAAAAAAAUAAUAAAAUGAAAGAUUAUCAAAUUAAAAAAAUGCAAGAAAUAAAAAUGGUGGAAAAUUUAGACAAUUUAAAAAAAAUAGAACUAAGCGAAGAUAAUAAUAAUAAUAAUAUACUACCACACAACGAAUUAAGUAACUUUCAUUUGACAUAUAAUGCAUAUAUAGCACUCUUAAUCGAUCUUAAAUGUAAUAAAUAUUUUAUUAAAGAUUUUGAAAAUGUUCUAUGGUUAUUUGAGAAAUUUUCACUUGAAAAUAAUUCUUUUAAAAAUUUAUAUAAUCCAUAUGGAUUUUUACGUGUCAUACCGAAAUAUCUCUUCAUUGCAUUUGUCAGAGAAUUAGCAUACUUAAAUAUGCUCUAUGUUAUAUCUGAAUUUAUUGUUAUUAAUAAAGAGGAUGAAAAAAUAUAUCUUAACAAGAAUCACCCUUCUAGACUUUCUGCAUUUCAUCAUUUUGUGAAAUAUCACUUUGUUCAGUUUUAUGAAGAACUUAGCAUGGAACCCAAUUUUCAAAAUUUUAAGCAAAACUUAAUAGAAAAUAUGGACGACGAAAUCGAUCUGGAUAACACCAAAGAUAUAUGCUCAAGUGUAGGAUCAACCAAAUCGCACAUACAUAUAAAUCUCCUAGAUCUAGAAACUUAUUUCAAUAACGAAUUACCUCUUCUCGUUAAGCAUAAAAACUUUGAUAAAACCUUUCCCCUUCUGUUUGAUUACUAUUCAAAAUUGUCUUCUUCUCCUGAUAAUAUAAAAAUGAAAUGUCCCCAUGAAGAUGAUAGGAUAAGUUUAAAAAAAAGCACUACUGAUAUGAAUAGUUAUAAAAAAGAGGAAAAGGAGACCAUAACACAUUCGAAUGAAGGAAAGGGAGAGACAAAAUAUGUCUCCUUUACAAUUUUUAUACGAUUCUUACGUGAGUUCGGAGUUAUACCACAUUUCUUCAGCAACUACAUGGCAAUACAAUUGUUACAAUCCUUCAUAGAAAAAAAAAAAAAAAAAAAAACGGAAAAAACGGAAAAAACGGAAAAAUCAGAAAAAACGGAAAAAUCAGAAAAAACGGAAAAAUCAGAAAAAACGGAAAAACCGGAAAAAUCAGAAAAAACGGAAAAAUCAGAAAAAACGGAAAAAUCAGAAAAAACGGAAAAAUCAGAAAAAACGGAAAAAAAUAGACUAAAUUAUGAUGAUUUUUCCUAUGCUAUCAUUUUAUCCAUUUGCGAAUGUGUAAAAAAAAAUAUACUAACCCAGUAUAACAUGUUGAAGAUGAAUAAUCAACUAAAUUCAAAAAUACAGACUGAAAAAAUAUUAAAUCAAAAUUAUAUACAAUACGAGGCCAAGGAAUUGAUUUACCUCUUUGGCUUUGCUGAUAUGCAGCUCGUAAAGUCAAAACUUAUUGUAUAA